AUGGGCGAGAAACCAGACGAGGCCGCAAACCUCACCCCACCGCCCAGGACCGCGAGGCCAACUGACCUGCGGAGCAUCGUCGCGUUCAUCCGAGAUCUAUGGCACACGCGUCGAGAGGAGGAUCCGUCCACCGCAAAGCUCCUGGCGACGAUUGCAGAAGAAGACGAGGACAACCUUGAGGAUGUCGACCUCUCACAGCCGUUGCCAACACUGAGAUCAAGACUGCCUGGCCUCCGCAGCAGCUUUGUCCCGUCCGUCAGGGCCCUGGCACUCAUUCUGGUCGCCUUCACAGUCGGUCUCGGUGUAGGCUGUGGACUGGGACUUGGGAUCCCGUAUUAUGAUUCUUUGUUAGGUCUCUUCGACGAACCGGAUCUCUUGUCCUCAUCCUCCUCCUCCUCCUCCUCAUACAACGAAUAUGGUGUGCCAGAUGAGCUCCCGGUUAUUCCCAUCGCGCAGCUCAUCAAUGAAAGAGAACUCAGCCUCAACAUGGGCUUCCGCAUAUCCCGCACGCCCACUGUCCGCGAGUUCGAGUUCAACAUCUCCCAUGGCCUCGCCGCACCCGACGGGUUCUACAAGCCCAUGAUCCUCGCCAACGGCCAGUCCCCAGGGCCCCUGAUCGAGGCAAACACAGGUGACACGGUCCGCGUGCGGGUGAACAACCUCAUGCCCAACACGACGACGGGCAUCCACUUCCACGGGAUCAACCAGUACCGCUCACCAUGGAUGGACGGCGUCGUGGGUGUGACGCAGUGCGGGAUUCCGGCUGGGGGUGGUUCUUGGACGUAUGAGUUUGUGGUGGCUGGCCAGAGGGGCACCUUUUGGUGGCAUGCGCACGCGGGCGUGCAGUUCACUGAUGGGCUUUUUGGGCCGAUUGUCAUCCAUGAUCCGGACGAGGCGGUUCCCGAAACAGACGAUGAUAAGAUCCUUUUCUUAGGGGAGAACUACCACUCCUUUGCAGCAGAACUUGCUGCAUACUACCUUGCCCCUUCCUCCACCUGGGACCCAAACGAAGCCGGCGUCGAGCCACUCUCAGACAACCUCGUCCUCAACGGGCAGAAUACCCACGACUGCUCCAUCACAUCCACCACCUUUACAGCCCCAACGUACGACCAAGAGUCCACCACCGAGCCACCGUGCAAUGGCGGACAGGCCUACACAACGAGCAUCCAGCCCGGCUCGACCCUGCGCCUCCGACUCAUCAACCACUCCUCCUAUUUCUCCUACUGGUUCAGCAUCGACGCCCACGAGCUCACGAUCGUGGAGAUCGACGGCGUCGAGGUCGACCCAAUCACGAGUCUAGGCGGCGUGCACGUGAACAUCGGCCAGCGAUACUCGGUCAUCGUGAACGGAAGCCGCAAAAGAACAGGGACUGAGUACACUAUCCGCUCGUCGCUGGAGAGGGCCUGUUUCCUGCCCUAUGGCACGUACACGUCGAGUGGGCUCGAGAGCAUCGGGUACGAGGCGAGGGAGUUGAACGACAAAGCUUCUGCAGACACCACCACCACCACCACCACCACUACCACCACCAACAACAAUCCAUGGGGAUGCAACGACCUCCCCUUCGAUAUACCCAUCCCGAUGCGCCCAGAGCCCGCCUAUGCGCUGUCCACAGCGAGCUCGCAAUUUUCCCUCGACUUCCAGUUCCGCCAGGUCGGCACCAUCAACCGCAUCUUCCUCAACAGGACGUCGUGGGCGCCGUACGGGGACGACGCGACGCUGUGGCAGGCGCUGGAGCAGGACUUCGUGCCUGGUGACGGGGGCGCCUAUAAUAACUGGGGGUUCCGGCUGGACCAGCAGGUCCUGCUCGUCCCGGACGAGGACGAGGCGGUUGGGACGGUGCAGGUGGCUGUGAAUAGUUUGGAUGCCAUGGAACAUCCUUUCCAUAUGCAUGGACAUACCGUGCAGAUAGUAGGCUGGGGCCCAGGCCGCUACGCCGGCCCAACCUCCCCCGCGACGACCUGGAACCUUGAGAACCCCAUGCGCCGCGACACCUUCACCGUGCCCGAGCAGUCUCACGUCGUCAUCCGCUUCAGGGCUGAUAACCCUGGCAUGUGGAUCUUGCAUUGCCAUGUUGCGUGGCAUCUGGAAGCGGGUAUGGCUGCCUCGUUCCUUGAGCAGCCAAAUGCGCUGAAGGCGUUGGCGUAUGAUAUGGAUCCUGAUACCAGGGCGUUGGCGCAAAGUUUCUGCGCGGGGCGGCAGUGA